AUGAGUGAUGCACUUGCGCUUCUCGAUGGGGCGGCGGCGCGAGUAUCGGCGCUGUUGAUGCCGGAUGGACUUCAUUCAUUAAUUUCAUUUCUACGCGGUGAGGCGUGGGAGGAAAUAUCGCCAUCACUGCAAAUACCGAAUGUCUUGAUUAGUUGUUACAACUACACACCGCUGGCAAUAGCAGCAGAUGCCUCACUGGUUUCACUCGCCUCAUCCGGGGAACGAUCGGCGCUUGUGCAGACAUUUGAGCGCUAUGAGUUUCGUGUAUUUGUAGUGAACUUUAUGCCGGAGAGUAGUAGUAGUGGUAGUAACAGCACAGAGGAUGUAAUGCCGCACAAAGGAAAUAGUAAUAGUAAUAACAGUCAUAGUGGGAGUAUUAUCCGUAUGAAAUGUAUGGAGUCUGUGCAAGCUUGGUGUGAUGGAGUAUAUAAGAAGGAGGAACCACACAGUGGACUGGAGCACGAUACGGUCAAUAUAGAUUCCAAACGUAUGCGUUAUGAAGAAAGAGAAAGAACAACAACAACAACUAAUUCUACUACUACUACUACUAAUAAUAAUAAUUCUACAGGUAUGAAUGCAGAGAAAAGAAGUACUCAACGUGUUCUUUUCAUUAUUCGUUGCUGUGCGGAUGCGAACGUUAGUCGCAGUGGUGCUGAACGAUCACGCCGCUCACGAGAUCCCUUGUUACUAUUACUGCAUGAUAUCACCGCCACUGCGGCUCUCUGUCGGGCGAGAGAACACACCCAACACACCACACGUCUGCGGUUUUCUGUAUUACUUCUCCCGGAUGAUCUUGCCUACGGCGGUGCGUUGCUGGAGGAGUCUCUGAAGGCCCCGUUGGUGCGGGAAUAUUACGUGCGGCUCUUCCGUGGCUCCGCUGCGCAGAUAAAAGAUGAGGAGCAGUUGGCAUUUCUACACCGACUGGAGAUGUGGAUUGGUGGAGGUCCAGCAACGGCAGGGCAUUCCAUAGAUACAACAGACAUGAGUGAAAACAAAGAAGAAAAAGAAGAAAAGGAAAAAGAAGAAAAAGAGAAAAAGAAGGAAAGUGUAGUGGGGGAUGAUGUUCGUCGGCGUUCAUCUAGUAUGUUUUUUAUUCGCCGUGAUAACUUACCGCUGUGUUGUUUCUUGCGUGAAGCUCUGCGUCGAUUUCCUCUCAUUUUACAUCCAACCGCAUUGCGACAACUGCAGACAUUAUGGGCCGCACGGCAUCAACUCAGCGACGUGGUGGCGGGGUUUCACACACUGCUGUGUCCAUUCACAUUAUCAUCCUCCCGCUAUUCCACAACAACAACAAUAAUAAGAAAAGGAAAAAGAAUAAGAAGAAGAGAUGUGGAAAUGGAAAGUGAGAGAGAUGGAAUGACACGACUCUCGGAUAGUGUAGAUCUUCUAAAUGCGUUACUCACAGCUGCUGGUCAAUGGGCCGAUGGACAUGCUCUUAACGAGGCAGUGGCCUUUGCGGUAUUGUAUGAAGAUCUUGUCUGGAAAAGACCCACACGACUGCAGCGGGUGCCAUCAUUUGUGUCUGCACUCCAACACUUGUGGGAGAGACGUCAAAAGAGGAAUAAGAAAAACAACAACAGUGAUGAUAAUAAUAAUAAUAAUAAUAAUAAUAACAAUAAUAGUGAUAGUGAUAAUGAUGAUGAUAAGGAUGAGGAUGAGGAUGAUGAGGAUGAUGAGGAUGAUGAGGAUGUGGAGAUGGUGAUGGAUGCGGCAUUGCGGUGGUGUGUGCCGGUGUAUACACCCAGCUGCAUGGUACAGGAUGAAUCUUAUCAACACGAGAAGGAAUCGAAAGAAGAAAAAGAAAAAACAAAAGAAGAAAAUUCUCUGGAAAGACGGGCUGCGGUGAUGUUGCCUGCUGUUAUGAUGGCCCCUGCGGCUCGAGUGCCAAUUGUGGCGGAGUUAAUGCGAUCCGCACUCCUGGCAGUGUUGCCACCUCACGACUCCCUUGAAGAAUUAAAGAAUGCCGUCAAUAAUAACAACAAUAAGAAGAAUGAUGAUGAUAAGAAGAAGAAGAAUCAUGUGGAUAUAGAUAGUGUACGCACAACGGGGAAUAACUUCUUCAGUACAUUCCUCCCUGAUUCGGCUCGAGUGCUGCAUGUAUUGGCGGCCCACGCCUUAUCGCACACAACUGUGCAGCGGAAGUUUGUUUCCUUUGCGUUACUGCAGCGUGUGUGUCAACUCUCAGACGAGGCGCUUGUGCGGGCGUUGAAGGAACUGCAGCUGGCGGGAAUGGUGGCACUGAACGGCCGGGAGUUUACGGCCAGAACACUUCUGGACAAUUAA